AUGGCGGAAUAUCCUUCAAUUACAAAAUUCAAGUUAAUUGGAGAUGUUUACAUGGCUGCAGCAGGUUUAUUCCAAGACCCAGAGGAUACAUCAAACAAGCAUGCUGAAGAUGCAGUGAAAGUCUGCAUUGCUGUUCAAAGAUCUCUAGAAGAUAUAAACACAAGAUUGAAUUCAUCUCUCGAAGUCAGAAUCGGUAUAAACAGUGGUGGACCUCUUAUUGGUGGUGUAUUGGGCACAGACAAACCAACAUUUGAUAUAAUUGGUGAUCCAAUCAAUAUAGCUGCAAGGUUGCAGUCAACUGAUAUCCCAGGAAGAAUCCAUAUUUCCGAGAAGACAAAAGAACUUAUUCAAGAAUUAGAUUUUGAAAUAGAAACUAGAGGCCCUGUUUUCCUCAAAGGAAAAGGGCAGAUGAUGACUUAUUUUGUCUGGGAUAAGCAACAUAGUACAUCAAUCGAGAUGAUCUAUUCAAAGGAUUCAUUUGAUGCAUAA